AUGGUGCGUAAGUUGGAGAUCACUAUGCCAUUUCACGAGGUUAUCACUCAGAUGCCAUCCUACGCCAAAUUCCUAAAGGACAUUCUCACAAAGAAGCGCGUCAUCGAGAAGGAAACCAUCACGCUUAAUCCCGAGUGCAGCGCCAUUCUUCAGCACGAUCUACCACCGAAAAUGUCGGGUCCAGAUAGCUUCUCGAUUCCCUGUAAAUUGGGAAAUAUUUCUAUAGAUCGUGCUCUUUGUGAUUUAGGUGCCAGUGUAAGUCUCCUACCACUCUCCAUCUACAAGAAACUCAACGUGGGAGAACUCAAACCAACUCGCAUGGCUCUUCAACUAGCUGAUCGUUCUGUCAAAUAUCCUCUGGGUAUUCUUGAGGACGUCCCGCUGAAAGUCAGCGAUUACUACGUACCGAUCGAUUUCGUUGUGCUUGACAUGGACGAAGACUCCAAAAUCCCGAUUAUUCUAGGGCGGCCGUUCUUAAACACUGCAGAUGCCAUUGUCCACAUUCGUGUCGGUCGACUGACACUCAAGAUCGGCGACGAAACAGUGGAAUUCACGCUCGACCAGAAUUUCAAGCAACCAUCUACAGUGGACUCUUUAUGUUACAUGGCUUGA